AGUCCGUUAAAGUGAACAAGGUGCUCUUGACCCAGCAAGGGGAGGAGGCCGCACGGCGUGGUGCCCACGUGGAGCUGGCAGUGGAGCUCGACCGCUCCCUGGGCCACCAGGAGCCCCCCUGGAAGGAGUUCCGCUUUGACCUGACCCAGAUCCCGGCGGGGGAGGCGGUCACAGCUGCCGAGUUCCGGAUUUACAAGCUGCCCAGCACCCACCUGCUCAACAGGACCCUCCACGUCAGCAUGUUCGAGGUGGUCAGAGAGCGGGCCAACAGGGAGUCUGACUUGUUCUUUUUGGAUCUUCAGACGCUCCGAGCUGAGGACGAGGGCUGGCUGGUGCUGGACGUGACAGCAGCCAGUGACCACGGGUUGUUGAACCGUAGCAGGGACCUGGGACUCCGCCUCUACGUGGAAACAGAGGACGGUAAGGCCGGGGGCAGGCAGCGAACCUCCUCCCGGGCUCUGGUCAGGGGUCCGGGUUGCACCCCAGCUCUGCAGCUUUCUGACUGGGACUUUGGCAGGUUACUUACCCUCCAAGCCUUCGUUCUCUCGCCUGUGGAAGGAGGAUUCAGGCCUUCAUCCAUCCACCAGGUGUUUAGGGGCGGAGCCUCCUGUAUCCCAGGCAGUGGGCAUAGAAAGCCGAAGGUGGGCCCGGAUCCUGUGUGACUACAUCAGGGGGCCGCAGGGCUGGAGCAGAGGGUCAGGGGGAGGUCGGAGGGAGAGGAGCUGAGAGGCAGGCAGCGGCAUGCGGAGUCAGGGUGAGCCAGCGGAAGGGGUGGAGUUUUUAGGGAGCUUCUUGAAUUGCACAGCAGUGGAGGGCGGCAGGGUCUGAGUUAGCUUUUCAUAGAAGAGCCCUCACGGAGGUGUGGCGUCACUCCCAUCUCUAGUGUGGGCAGCCCUCGGUGACUGGCUUCCCCCGGACAGUGUGCAGGGGGAGGGGAGGGGACUGGACGGUGGGAAAGCUGACCAGCACCACCUCAGCCAGGCGACCAAGGUUCCCAUGGACACUCACUGGGCUCUGUGUACCCUGGAUGGGGGUGGGAGGCUCUUCUCCUCGGGGGUCUCCUCCCCAAACCCACGGCCCCGUGUCGCCAUGAGAAAAACAUCAGACCGACCCAAUUGAAGGGCAGCCUGCAGAAUGCCCGACCGGCAAGGCCAUCAACAACGGGGCCGGCUGAGAACUGCACAGCCCAGAGGCGUUGCCAUGACUCCGUGCCCUUGGGGUCCUGGAUGGGUUCCUGGAGAGGAAAGAGACCUGGGGAAACGAAUGAAAUCGGAAUAAAUCGUGCUGUUGAGUUAAGAAGGUAUCAAUACCGGCUCAGUUGUGACAAAUGCA